CCGCCCUUCCUGCGGCGGCCAAGAUGGCGGCGGAGGUGGACUUCGGGGACCGCGAGCUCUUCGGGCAGCUGGAGGGCGAGCCCGGGCCGCCCUCGCCACCCGCUGUGGAAGAGCCGGACCCGCUGCUGAAGCUCUACCAGCGGCUGCGCGACCGCGACGAGACUGUGCAGCGGCUGAGGGCGGAGAAUCAGGAACUUAAAAGAAAGCUGAGAAUUCUGACUCGUCCUAGUGGCAUCUCUGUGGAAAACCCCAAAUUUGAUGGACCUCUGUUGCAGAUUUUAUUUAUGAACAAUGUCAUUACUAAGAGGUAUCAUCAAGAAAUUGAAGAUUUUAUUUAUAGUUUAGUUCAAAAAUAUGAAGAGCAGAAGAAAAGCGAACAAGAAAAAUCCCACUUGAAUGCUAAACCACAGCCCUCCAGCAUUGUUUUGGAAGAGGACUGUAAAGGAACCAGCUCAAGUUCUGCUAAAAAAGUGAAAGAAGCUUUUAGUGUUGUAGGAAGUGUUCUGUAUUUUACCAAUUUUUGUCUUGAUAAACUGGGACAGCCUAUUUUAAAUGAGAAUCCACAGCUGACAGAAGGAUGGGAAAUACCUAAAUAUCAGCAAGUUUUCAGCCAGAUUCUCUCCCUAGAUGGACAAGAAAUACAAGUAAAACCCAAAAGCAGGCCCAAACCUCAUUGUUUCAAUUGUGGCUCUGAAGACCAUCAAAUGAAGGACUGCCCAAAGCCACGAAAUGCAGCUCGUAUAAAUGAGAAGAGAAAGGAGUUUUUGGAAGCUUGUGGUGAUUCGGGCAAUCCGAAUUUUCAGCAGCGUUACCAUGCAGAAGAAGUAGAAGAGAGGUUUGGAAAAUUUAAGCCAGGAGUAAUUAGUGGGGUCCUGCAGGACGCCCUUGGUGUGACAGACAAGAGCCUGCCCCCGUUCAUUUACCGCAUGCGGCAGCUGGGCUACCCCCCGGGCUGGCUCAAGGAGGCUGAGAUGGAGCACUCAGGACUGGCUCUCUAUGAUGGGAAAGGUGAGGUUGAAGCAGAAGAUGGGGUCUCUCCCCAGCCCAGACGCAUCACUUAUGAUGUGUCUAAGUUGGUGAAUUAUCCAGGCUUUAAUAUAUCCACUCCCAGUGGGAUCCCAGAUGAGUGGCAGAUGUUUGGUUCCAUCCCCAUGCAGCCAUCUCAACAGAAGGAUGUUUUUGCUCACUACCUUUCUAAUUUUCAGGAGCCAAGUCCAAAAUCUAGCAGCAAAAGGCCUGCACCUCAGUCAAAGUCUCAUCAUUCCAAAAGACCAAGAGAAGACAGUUCAGAGACAGCAGCAGCUGACAUGGACCUGGACUCUGAUCUGGAAGGGGCACAGAAAUCUCAGACUCCCAACAGUUUUCAGUUCCAGCCUCCACUGCCACCUGGAUCUCCAUCGAUGUCCACUCCUCCUCCUGUGCCACGAGGAACUCCCCCCCUCACACCCCCUCAGCCUUCCACACCCACCCACUCUCCCCUCCCUAGGACUGCUCCAUCAGCAAACUCUUCCAGUGACAGUCCUCAGCCCAAAAUAGUGGACUCAGUCAUGGAUGAGGAUACACUGACCUUGGAAGAGCUGGAGGAGCAGCAGAGGUUAAUCUGGGCAGCUCUGGAGCAGGCAGAGAGCACAAACAGUGACUCUGAUAUUCCUGCUGACACACCUUUAACUGGGAAUUCCCUCACAUCAUCACCAGCCAGGAAUGAAGCAGAUCUGGUUGCAGAAGUCAGGUCACCUGAGAAAGUGAUUUCAGUGGAAACAGAGUUUUCUGACAUCAGUGAGCAAAUCCCAGAAAAUGAAUGUUCUCUACCCAGCUCCAGUCUAGAGGACAGUUUGCUUGACUUAAAGGAAAAUCCUGAAAAUACAGUUUCUGAAGGCCUGCUGGAUGACACUCUGCCUGCUCCCAAUCCUCAGGUUAAUGAGGAGGAAAACACAGGUGGUAAUAAAGUGCCCACAAGCACUGGAUCAUCUGUGAAAAAAUCUGGAUUUGUUCCUGACAUGAGCAAGUUUGCUGCAGGCAUCACACCAUUUGAAUUUGAAAAUAUGGCAGAGUCAACUGGGGUUUAUCUACGGAUAAGAAGCCUGUUAAAAAAUUCCCCAAGAAACCAACAAAAGAAAAAGACUUAAAUCUUAACUGGUCUUUUGUUUUCUUAUGUCCUAAUCCCUUCUGUUUCCCCCCCCCAGUUUUACAAACUCAGAUAACCUCCCUCAUCUUAUGGAAAAGAGAAAAUCUUGACAAAUACAGGUCUGCCCUGUUAUUCCUUGGUAUUGAAGUCAGUGCAGGUUUCCAUCUUGACCAGGACCACCAAUGCAGCCAGAAAAUACAGAAUUUUUCCAAAUUUCAUGCUUCCACUAAGGAAUAAUAGGACUGAUGAUUUGUUAAGACCAUUUAAUUUGCCAAUACUCGAGACUCUAAAACGCAGAGUUUGUGGUUUGGUGUUCAUUAUUUUGGCUAAGAUUUAUAUUGUCCUUGAGUUUCAGGUGGAUUGGUGAUUUUUUUAAAUAUCUGUCCUUUGUACAAUAAUCUACACUUUAUACAUUUUGCUAAUUAUCCUGUAGAUAAGUUUAAUAUAUUCGGAAUGUUUUUAAAAAGGUCUGAUGUUAAGAUUUCCCACAUCAAAGUCCUGGCAAUUGGAGGAAAAUAAUUGGGGAUUACAGUGCUAUUUUCACCAUUUCAAGUAUUUUUAUAAAUUAUUUAUGUGGGUCUGUUUUAAUUGCCACUGUAUCUUUUGUAGCAUCAUCCUUCAUGUAAACUUGCUGUACAUACAUGUUCGUGGUUGUCUACAGAGGUUUAAUAAAUGACCUUUUAGCUAAA